UAUUAUUUGAAUUCUAAUAUCUAACCAUUCCACCACCGCCUCGCCAUUCGCCUUUUUUCUUCCAUUUAGACCGACGCAACCCUCACUUCUUCCCCACCUCCACUUUUCAAACCCACCCAUUCUUCAUACGAAAAAUCAGAAAUGUCGAGAGCCGCCAUGGAACUCGAUUUCUUCGGAAUGGAGAAGGACGGCGCCACCGCCAAAUCUCAGUUCCAGAGGUUCUUGGAUCGCCGGAGAAGCUUUCGAGGAAUGCAAAGCGCCAUUUCCAAGAUCAAUCCGGAUCUUCUCAAGACCGUGAUCGCCUCCGGCUCUGUAUCGCAGGCCCCGAAGAAUAAUCCGCCGUUCGCUUCCCGGAAGUCGUUCUCGGUGCCGUCCACUCCGAAAGCCGACCAGAAUUACCUUCCGGCUUUGCCGGUUUACAGUCCUGUUUUCAGGCCUGUGAGUGCCGAAACAACUCCAAUAACCAUUUUCUACAAUGGCACCGUCUCCGUUUUUGAUGUCUCUCCAGAGCAGAUCGAGAGUAUCAUGAAGCUCGCUUUGGACGGAAGCACCAAGACUGUGGAACCUGCUGAUUCGAAACUUGCAAUUCCUCCAAACGGGGAGCAGCAGCUUCUCGAGACUCUCAACGGAGAUCUGCCACUGGCACGGAGGAAGUCAUUGCACAGGUUUCUAGAGAAGCGUAAAGAGAGGUUGACUUCAGUGUACCCAUAUUCUCCUCACAUCCAAUACGCGGUUUCAGACCAGGAAAAGACCACCAUGGAGGAGCUGUUCCGGGCCUAGAAAGAAUAUAUUUAUAGGAAGAUAACCCAGUUGAUCUUCAUUGAUAUCUAGCUGAUACUUUGUAGAGUAGUUUCAGCAGUGGGUCCUCCAACAACCAUUGGAACCACUCAAUCUCCCAUUUCUUGCAAUUUCCUAGAGUCUUCUUAUGGAUUCAAAGCUAUUGUUCCUUUAUUUUAUGAGAUUAUUAUAGUCACGUGUAAAUGGAUCUCUUCAUCAAUUAACCAUACCAUUAUAAAUUUAUUAUUAUCAUUCA